AUGGCGACUCCCAGGCAUCGACUCAUAGCCCGGAGACCAGCUGAAGCAAAUAACAUUGGAGAAGCUAAUGUAGAAAGAAAGACGAAGAAUAAAAGGUCUAAGAGUGUAACCAGCUCCAAUAGCAAGAGCAGCGACAGGCCGGCCAGUGAUGCUUCACCAGAGAGUGAAGAGACACCCACCUCACCCUCCUCUGUGGACAGAGAUACUGAUGGAGCACCUCCAGCUCAUCGUCUCAGCCCCGCCCGCAGCUCGUCCUCACCCUGA